GGGGAAGGCCCGGCCCGGCCCGCUCACCGCCCGGCCCGCCGCCGCCCAACAAAGCCCGGCACUGUCUCCGCGCCGGCGCGGAGCCGCUGAGCCCCGGCUGUGCGUGCCGGCACCUCUGCCCGUUUGUCUGUUUGUCUGUCUGUCUGCCUGUCUGCCCGCGGCAGGCGGGCCCGGACGUGGCCGGGCGGCGAUGCGCCAGCUGCGACUAAGGGAGGGGCCCCGGGGCCUGUAAACGUGGUGCCUGCGAGGCUGGGCGGCCUCACCCGCCUCCAGCCCCCAGCUGAGGCCGGAGGAGCGACGGCGGCUCUCUCCUUUGCUUCUGCUUUUUAAAACCACAAAAUGUCUGAAGUUAAGCCAAGGAAAAAAGGUGUGUCUUCAUCCAAGACCAGUGAAGGGUCACAGAAGGCUGAGAAGCACAGUAAUUAUGGGAAGCUGGCAAGUCCCAGGACCAGCAAUAAUCACAGUUCCUUUUGGAUGGACUCAAGGACAAGUCUGAGUAUCAUUUCCCUUGCUGUUUGCCUGGUGCUGAGCUGGUUUCUAUUUCAGCAGUCAGGUCAAUUUGCUGAUCUGGAAAGAAAGUAUAAUUUUUUACAUCAAGAAGCUGAAAAAAUCCUGGAUGUGGGAAAUAAAGUAAACUUAAUUUCUGAAAAGCUUGAGUCUACUGAAAGUAUCCUGCAAGAAGCUGCCUCAUCCAUCUCUGUGAUGACUGAGUUUGGGCAGGAAAUACCUUCUCUUCACAACAUCAUAAAUGAUAUUCAGAACAAUGAACAGACUCUAUCUCUAAAGAUGCAGAGCAUUAAUGAGAAGUUCCAAAAUGUUACAAAUGCCUGGAGAAGAAGCCUGGAUGAAAUUAACACAAAUGCUAGUGGUUUAAAAUCUGAAGCAAAGUUCAUACAUACAGAAGUUACUUCCAAAAUUAAUGAAGUUGACCAAAGAAUUAAAUCCCUUUCAGAAAGAGUAAGAGAUUUGGAAGACAGUACAGCCAGAAAUAUAAGAACUCUAAAAAAGCAAGAAGAUGAUGAAUUCUCGAGAGUUGAACAAAAGUUGAACUUGGAUGCAAAGUCAGUUGAAAAGCUAGAAGAAGAACAGAAUAGUCUGGUAGCCAAGGACACAGACCUGAAUCAGAAACUUGCAAACUAUGAACCUAAAAUUGAGGAGUGCAAGACCCAUUUGCCAACAAUUGAAAAUGCUAUUCGCUCUAUUCUUAGGUUGUCAAGUGACUUGCUUGGUAUGGAGAAAAAGAUAGAGGACUUGAAGACACAGCUGUACACUGUGGAAAAUGACAUGUUGAAAACUGUUUCUGAUACAGUGGUGGUGCAGAAGGCUCUUGAAGCCCUACAGUCCAAGGGCAGCUCGUUCAAAGUGCAGCAUGAAAUAGCCGUUCUAGAAACAGGGCCUGACUUAACAGGAUCUUCAAACAUAAAAGAAGUAACUUUGGAAAGCUUUAACUUAGAAAAUGACCAGAAUGGGAAUAAUGUGAAAAGACUUGGAACUUAAUGAAACAGCUGGAAGAUCUUCAAACAAUUUCUCACAUUAAAUAUCUGCAGGAAGAUAUUUAUACAAUGAAAACAUGGUCUAGCAGCAUAAUUAAAAAGCAAGAAGAACUAGAGAAGAAUUUAACAAGCCUUUUUCAUGCAGUUUCAAGCACUGAACAGAAUGCAGUUUCUAUAGCAAAGAAUGUAACAUUGACAAUUGUGACAGUAAAAACUGACAUAAGACGCAUUUCAGGCCUGGUCUCAGAAAUUACUACACUGACGGAUUCUUUACUAACACUAGAAGAUAAAGUAGAAAAAGGUGAAAAGGCAACAGUAAAAAAUAUAAGUGACCUCCUUACCAGCAGCAUCGACCGAAGUACAGAAAUCCAAAGCCUGGCAUCCAAUAAC